AUGGCUACAAGCCCCUUUCGUUAUUUUAUUUCCCUUUUUCUGCUUUUGCUCUGUUUCGAAGCCUGUUUGAGGGUGGGUGAUGCCAAAGCUGGGUGCAUAGAGAGGGAGAGACAGGCUCUCCUUCACUUCAAAAAAGGUGUUCUCGAUGACUAUGGACUUCUUUCUUCGUGGGGGAAUGCGGAAGACAAAAGAGAUUGUUGCAAAUGGAGAGGAGUGGAGUGUGACAACCAGACGGGUCAUGUGAUCAUGCUUGAUCUUCAUGGAACGGGUCAAGAUGGAAUGGGUGAUUUCCAAAUUUUGGGAGGUAGAAUAUCUCAGCUUGGUCCUUCAUUGGCAGAGUUGCAGCACUUGAAGCAUUUGAACCUCAGCUGGAAUGAUUUUGAAGGAAAUCUUCCCACUCAACUUGGAAAUCUUUCCAACUUGCAAUCGCUUGAUCUUGGCUAUAAUUCGGAUAUGACCUGUGGAAACCUUGACUGGCUUUCUCACCUUCCUUCGUUAACACACCUUGACUUGCGUUGGGUUAGUCUUAGUAAAGCAAUCCAUUGGCCCCAAGCAAUUAAUAAAAUGCCUUCCCUAACUGAGUUAUACUUGAGUGGUACUCAGCUUCCUCCGAUUAUUCCAACAAUAUCCAUUUCCCAUAUUAAUUCUUCUGCUUCUCUUGCUGUGCUUGAUCUCUCCGAGAAUGAUCUCACUUCUUCAAUAUACCCAUGGUCGUUCAACUUCAGUACCAGCCUUGCUCAUCUUGACCUCUCUUAUAAUGAUCUAAAUGGUUCAAUUCCGGAUGCUUUUGGAAACAUGACUAGUCUGGCAUAUCUUGAUCUCUCUUGGAACGAGCUACGUGGUUCAAUUCCGGAUGCUUUUGGAGACAUGACUACUCUGGCAUAUCUUCAUCUCUCUUCGAACAAGCUACGUGGUUCAAUUCUGGAUGCUUUUGGAAACAUGACUACUCUGGCUCAUCUUGACCUCUCUUAUAAUGAUCUAAAUGGAUCAAUUCCGGAUGCUUUUGGAAACAUGACUACUCUGGCAUAUCUUGAUCUCUCUUCGAACCAGCUACGUGGUUCAAUUCCGGAUGCUUUUGGAAACAUGACUACUCUGGCAUAUCUUGAUCUCUCUGUGAACGAGCUACGUGGUUCAAUUCCGGAUGCUUUUGGAGACAUGACUACUCUGGCAUAUCUUGAUCUCUCUUCGAAUCAACUUGAAGGAAAAAUAACCACAUGGAUGGGAGGAAGCCUGUCAGAUUUGAUCGUUCUCAACCUAAGAUCUAAUGAAUUUAAUGGAAGCAUACCUUCAAGUCUUUGUCAACUGAAACAGAUUCAAAUGUUGGACCUCUCUAGCAACAAUCUAUCAGGAAAGAUACCAAAAUGUCUCAAAAAUUUAACUGCCAUGGCUCAAAAAAGAAGUCCGGUCCUUUCUUACGAAACAUAUUACAAUUUGAGUAUCCAACAUUACUAUGUUGAUAGUACAUUGGUUCAAUGGAAAGGAAAAGAACAAGAGUACAAGAAAACUCUUAGAUUCAUCAAGAGCAUUGAUUUUUCAAGAAACAAAUUAAUUGGUGAAAUUCCAAUAGAAGUAACUGAUUUGGUAGAAUUGGUGUCAUUGAAUUUAUCAAGAAACAAUUUGAUUGGAUCAAUACCUACAACAAUUGGUCAAUUGAAAUUAUUGGACGUUCUUGAUCUAUCUCAAAACCAACUUAAUGGUAGAAUUCCGGAUACUCUUUCUCAAAUAGCCGAUCUAAGUGUUUUAGACCUAUCAAAUAACACCUUGUCAGGUAAAAUUCCAUUAGGCACUCAAUUACAAAGCUUUGAUGCCUCCACAUAUGAGGGAAAUCCUGAACUUUGUGGACCACCUCUUUUGAAAAGGUGUCCUGAAGAUGAACUUGGGGGAGUCUCAUUCACUAGUGGUCUUAGUAGUAAAAAAGAGGACAUUCAAGAUGAUGCAAAUAAUAUAUGGUUUUAUGGAAAUAUUGUUCUUGGAUUCAUCAUCGGAUUUUGGGGAGUUUGCGGCACUUUACUAUUCAAUAGUUCAUGGAGAUAUGCCUAUUUCCAGUUGUUGAGCAAGAUAAAGGAUUGGUUGUACGUGAUAACAAUUGUAAAUAUGAAUAGAAUACGAAGAAGCCUGCAAGGUUAAAUGGACUUCAGCUGGGUUGCAUCUCAAGGAUUAGUAGGUGAUAUAUGCUUUUGAGUAAUGGGAGUAUUUAUGAUGGGAUAGUUACAUGCCUUAAUGCAAAAGCUUGCCAUCGGAUAAAUGACAUCGGCAUGUAUUAAGUUUGCUUAUUUGGUAGUUACCAUGGCUUUAAGUUUCUCGUGUUAUAUUCUAUUUAGAACUUUUUAAACAUUAAUUGUUGCUAUUAUAUGUACGACUUUGUAUUUUGUUGCUCUAAAAUUUAUUUGUUAUUUUUGUAGAAUCAAAUAUUAGAGGCCUUUGUAGGGGAUGCUAAAAAAGACUUCGUCUUAGAAAAAUAUUUUUUUUUUUGCUCAAAAACAUAGUUUAUUUUUGGGGAAAUGCAAUGUGAUAAUACCCAUUAGUAUGAAAUGGGAUAUGCUACUACUAAAAACAGAGCACUCUGUUUUUCUGGUGCUCAAGCAUGAAAGCCCCUGUAACAUAGAGAGGUCUGAUUUCCAACCGUGAAUCAAAUUGCUUGAGGUACUCCAUAUGCAGAUUGAUGGAAGUCACUUUGGGCAUCAAUCAUCUUCAAGGAACGAUGAUGAUGGGAAUUGGAUCAGCGGCGUAAUCAACUUAUGGAAGAAGCUAGAGCUGUUGGAGAAGAAAGUGCUCUUCAUGUUUGCUCAAACAAUUCAGAGGGAAGUUUAGUGAGACAAUUUUUAACUUUAUUUCCAUUUACUCUUCGUCAUGAGAGCAAUUUUUUGUGCAUAAUUGGAGCUUGAGCUUUUGCUUUGGUAGUUGUGAAGUUGCAAACUGUUAUUGGAAUAAGAAGUCUCUACUUUUGCUUGUUACUGAACAUGGAUAUUUUUUUUUAAGAAGUAAAUUUGCUAAUUAUUGUUCUUUUUCUUAGGCACCUAAGAAAAGAGUAUGUACUUUUAGCAAAGACCAAGAGGAAACUAUUAGAGCUUUAUUUGAGUAGUGAGUGCUUAAUUUGUUCUUUUUGGUGGCAUAUGCAUGUAGUCUUAAAUUUGAUUUCCUUCUGCAUAAUCGAUGCUGAAUAUUGUGAUUUUGGAAAGAUUAAU